CAGAAUUUUCUGUCUGAAGAGUGUAUGCACUAUUGUUUGAGCUCAAAGGACUAAAGGACUAAAAUGCUAAAACAUUUCUGUCUAAUCACUUAUAAGAAAAACCUAUAAGGAAAAUCCCUAUCAGAGCUCCAGUUAUGGAAGAAACACAGGGGUAUCUGGUGGAUGGAAGCCCGCUCAUCACAGCGGCCCAGCUGGGCAAGCUCCGUCUGGUUCGGUUGCUGGUGGAGGGGGGUGCACAGGUCAAUGAGCGCAAUCAGCGAGGAGAGACCCCACUGCUAGCCGCAUGCCGGGCCAUGAGGGGCGAUCAGUCGGGAAGCACCAUGCUGAGGCUCAUCUGCUUCCUCAUCAAGAACCAGGCGGACCCCAACAUCCAGGACAAGGUUGGCCGGACCGCCCUGAUGUACGCCUGCAUGGAACGGGCCGGCGCUGAGGUGGCUGCGGCCCUCAUCUCUGCCAGUGCCGAUCCCAGCAUGGAGGAUUACUCAGGUGCAUCAGCUCUAGUUUAUGCUAUCAACGCUCAUGACCAGGACACUAUUCAGGUGCUGCUGGAUGCCUGCAAGGCCAAGGGCCGAGAUAUUAUCAUUAUUGCUACGGAUCUAAGCUCUGAUGGUGCCACAGUGACCCGCCGCUACCUGAAUGUGCCUCCCUCGCCCAACACCUCACCCGUAUCAUGCAUGUCACCCUCUGACAUUGAACUGAAGACCAGUUCCCCAAACUCAGAGGCAGAGGGAGAGAAUAUCUUUAACUUCAGGGCUUCAGGGAAGAGAGGAAGUAGAGUGGGCUCACCUUUGGCCCAGGAGACUGAGACAGUGGACCGUCAGAGGCUGCAUUCCGAGCCUUGGGUGGCCAUCCAAAACCUGGCUCACCUCAGCCGCACUUAUGAGGAAGCGGUGAGGCAAGAAACAGUGCAAGAAGAGGAGGAAGGGGUGGCAGGAACGACCUUGCUUGUUCAUCAGGUAGAUCAGAGUGAUGGACCAAAGGCAGCUGACCACAAACACUCUGGGCGAAUGGUGUCCAGAAGUUACAUGGGCAAGCAUAGCCUGGAGUGUCUGGCUGUCCCAGAACGUCUACACAGCCGAAGAAACACUCUACCUGCUCUCACCGGACAGAAUUUACUUCAGCUGCCCACCCUUUCCCUCAAUCUAUCUAGCUCAGACACCCGCUUAAAUGACCAGCCCACCACUCUAACGCUACCACCGGUUCCUAUCAACAGGAACCUCCACCAUUGCUCUAGUAGUGCCAGCUCUCUUUCUCUGGCACCCCCUGUUGCUCCUCAUGAAUUUAACAGUAUGAGGAAGUGGAAGCCUCAGGAGCAGCUGAGUUUAAGGACUCAAAUACGUAGCGGUAGCUUCUUGCCCCCUCUCCCAGUUGCGAACACAUCCACAUGUUCCUGGCCAAGAGAGCCUAGCUCCACCCCCAGAGCUGAAGAGACCCAAGAGCAAAGGCAGGGUGGUUCAAGGAGCCGAAGACCUCCACGCCGCCACUCCAUUCAGCUCGAACAGAUGAGUCAGGAGGGCAGUACGGAUGAGAUACUCUUCAUCCUAUGAAAUGUGAAGCUCAGAAGGAAUAGUUUACAUACAGUAUGAUUUCAAUAUUAAACUGCUAAAAUGAUUCCAACAACGCUAGCCCUGUAGAACUUCAAAGGCUUCAUGUAAUUUGUAGGAAGACAAAUGAAGAAUUGUUAAAUGAGCUCAGAAUGAUGAAAAGAGCUGUAGAUGAUUCCAUAAUGAUCAAGAAAGCUGCAGAACACUGAGAAUUAAGCUGUGAUAAAAUUAAGAUCAAAAAGGCCUUAUAUUUAAAAACAGUGAUCAAAUCACAACACAGACUAUAGAAAGGGACAACCAUAAAUAGAAAAUAACAGUAUAUUAUGCAUCAUUUAAUAGCUUCAUCCUUGAAAUAUACAAUAAAACAUCUAAAAUACCUUCUGCUGUUUAUGUUUAUAGUUUAUGCAUGUGCUGUUUCAAUCUACACUGUAAUGAACACAAAAUACACAUAGCGGAGGACAAAUUUAUAUAUGCAGCCUUAUGCAAAAGUUUGGGAACCUCUAUGAUGUGUUGAUUUUCUAAGAAAUUGGUCAACACGUUCUCAACAUAGAACACACUUCUGCAUA